UAAGAAUGAAGCGAGAGAUUAGAUAUGUGUUAUUAUUUAUUACAACUAUGCGAUGAACUAAACUGACCAAUGUUGCAGCGCUAUGGCAGGACAGUGCUCUUAAAUUGAGAGAAGAAUCAAUAGUUGUGGAAUCAGCACAGUAAAGUAAACUCUGCGUGGAAUCAAUUCAGAAACAUCUGGCGUUGCUAUUUCACCACUGUUGCUCUUUUACCCUAUCGAUUACAUUGAUUUUGCUUUGACUUAGUUGUACACUUGUUAAAAAUAUAUUUCUUCACCAUUACUUGGCUAAAAAAAAUCCUUUUCGUACUUGAAUUUGCAACCACGCUUUACAAAAAAAAUAUUUCAAUUUCAUCAACCCAUCAGUUGCUAUUUCCCAAAAUUCAAUUUCAUAUCUCAUUUAAAAGUGUAAAUUACCACCUGUUGCUAUUAAAUGUAGGGUAGCAUUGUUGAGUCAAAAUGGAACUCAGCUUACGUUUUUUACUGGAAGUUACCUUUCUAAUCGGAAUCAGUUUUUGCAAUGAUGGAUCCUCGGUCUCGGAAGACAGCUACAGCACGUUUGAUGGCUACGAUAUUGAUUUGGGCGAAACUGAAAAGCUAGGCGGCGAGUUGUUGGGAAAAGCGAGUUCGAAUAAGCUGAAGGGCUUGAUGGAGAAAUGCAAGCUAAAGUGCUCUGCGAAAUUUGACGCAGACUGCAACAUAGUGGUGUACCAGCCGGCCAAAGUGCAGUGUCUGCUGAUGGACUGUGGGGUGGACAGUGCCAACUGCUACUUCUUCGAGGCAGAAUCAAAGAAGACAAACAAGAACAAUGCACCUGUCAUCUUUAAGAGAACCAAAGCUCAAGUCGAACAGGAACCUGAUAAUGAUAAAGACGAAGAUAGUGAAACCGGGAAGGAUAGUAGCGCUGAAGUGGGCUAUGAGACUACUGAUGUGAGAAAUCAUGACGUCACUUCAGAGAGGCCUGAGAGUGUGGAUGAAACUACAGUGUUAGAAGGAGAGGAAGAAACCGAGCGAGAUCCGUUUCAGUUCCCGUCCAGCCCAAAUGAAGACGGAACUGAUCCGGCUAUCCCGGGACCAUUUGACAAGGAUGAUUCGAAUGUUCACCGAUGUGAUCAGCCCUCGAAAGUGGGUCCAUGCAGGGCAGCCAUGCCUCGCUACUUCUUCAACACAGUCACCAAAGAGUGUGAGAUGUUCAUCUAUGGAGGCUGCAACGCCAACAGGAACAACUUCGUCAGUUUGGUGGACUGUCAGAUUGCAUGCAGGAAGGGAUUCAGUGACUCGUCUUUAUCUUCUUCAUCUACCGAUAAGGUCACAGAAGUUCCUGAGAAGCGAAAUGGAGGAAAUAACGAUUCUUCUGUCCAGUUCGUGAACGACUCUUCUUCAUCGCAUCACUCUAAUUCGUUCACGCCUAUCAAUAGUGCACACAGAGGUCAAGUUGAAUCAAGGGUGGCAUCUGGCAAUUUGAGCACAGUGUAUCAACUGGAGGCACUGGUUCCUCUAUUUGUGGGCAUUCUUAUAUCGCUUCUGAUGAUAUUCAUCGUAGUGUUCAGGUGUUACAUAAACUCGAAGAAGGGCCCUAAGAAGCUGCGCAAGAUGGUCUACGAUGGACCGCCUCCAACUGUGGGAGAACACAUCUCAGAUGACGAGGUCGUCAACGGAAUGUACGCGUGAACAAACAAGCUCUUCAUGUCAUCGAACACAAUCGGAGUCCAAUAUUUCCUUUCAUAGAAUUUUGAUUUAAGUUAUGAAGAAAAACUCGAUGUGGAAAAAUAACACUAAGGCCAUCAAGGCUUAAAACAAUCGCAUCAACCGUUUCGUUAUCAAGGUGCUUCGCUCAUGAAUGUAAAGGCUAGAUCCAAUAUCAUCAAUUGAUAUGAACUCUGUUGCUGUUUAAUCUAUGCUUACUUAAGCUUAAACUGAGGGCUAAGGUGCUGUGCUUACCAUGGUUGAGGGUGUAAAUUUGUUGUAUACAAUUGUUAUAGCUUUUCACUAUUGUAAAUAUAGUAGUAAAUAGGCAGAAUGUGAUGUAUUUUUCUAUUUGGCGGGAUUUUGUAAUUUUUCAUUCUUGGUUAGAGUUUUCUAUCAUUUUGGUGCUGACAAUCAAUAUUAAUUACCCUUCCGAAUUUACAAUCUGCAGUCAUCAGCUAUCAAACUAAGAUUUUCAAGCUUACUUUCUGAAAAUGUUCAGAAUUUCAAUAUGAGAAGAUAUGUAAAUAAUAUCUGAAAGCCUUAAACUAUAGUUUAAAUAUGUACCAAAGCAAAAGGAACCAGGUUGCAACAAAUUGAAAGAUCAUAGUUU